ACAGCCUCAUUUUCAGUCAAGAUUGUACAGCGUAAGUCGUUUAUUUACUCUCUGUCAUUAAUUUCACUUCUGGUCAGUUAUCCUGCGCUAGGCAGCUCUGUUUCUCAUCCUUUCCCAUCCUCCUGCUCCUAUAUUACUUGAUCUCGAGCAAUGCCACGGUCGUUUGGACCUCAGUCCCAAAGAAGGAGGUUCACACCAUUGGCACCUCGCCGACAACAUUCUCCAAUUGAUCCCUCUCUCCUGGAUACUAUGCCUAGUUCAUUAGAGAAUACCACCAAAUCUGUCGAGGGGUUGUCGCCGCAGAACCCAUUUGACGACAACGGUUUUGACUCUCAGGACGAUGCGCUAAUUGGGGAUGAAGAUGAGCCUACCUCGAGAGGGAACCAGAGCACCGAAAAAGAUCAAGGCUGCCGACCUUCUCUCCGCUAACCAAUUUGUUCUUGGGUUCGUGAAGCCACCGGCACCAGAAACAAGGGGGACGGUGCCAGUGUGGUGCACAGGCAGUGAAGAUGGCCGUGGAGUUGCUAGGAGGACCUGAACGAAUGGUAUUUCGGGUGGAGCGAACUUGGGGUGUGGGCACAGCCUCUUGGCUGGCGGCAACAUUGCUGUAUGGUUUUGCUUUGGCUUGGGAGAGUGGAUUUACUUGGGCUGCAUCGCUAGGCUCAGAGUUUUGGGCGUUUUGGGCUGCCGGAAAGGCUGGGAAGAAUGGAUUGUGAUGGGCUUCUUUGCUGUGUUGCUGUCGGGCUAGUGUCGGGCUAGUGGAGGUAUCUGAUCAAAAUGAGGCAAUCUAGGCUGGGCAUUACAUAGAUCAUGGCUAUAUUAUUGAAACUACAUACAAUAGAUGAUUGUUGCCGAUGCCUUCGUUUCCUCUGCUUCCCUCUUCUGUGUUUCUUGUCUAUGACUGCCGCUGUCGCUUGUCCCAUCGUCACCGUCGUCGCCAUCAUCAUCAUCACUAUCACUGCUAUCACCGCUGACAACAGCCAUGAUUUGCUCAUAUAUUUGAGGCCUAUGUGACCAUUGCUACUCUCCUGCUCUUCCAUUUCCCGCUUCCACCGUCUCCAUUUCCUUGAGCACCGCCGCCGCCCAUCUACUUUCAUGGGCGGAGCCGCCUUCUCUUCUCUCCCAUUUCCUGAGCACUGCUGCGCUCAUCAUUUUCAUGAGCUUCGCCGCUUAUGAAAAAGGAUGAGCGGCGUGGCCCCAAGCUCCCAUCCAUUCCAGAACCACUGGCCAUGCCGGCUACAGUCCAAUCCAUCUAUUUCCUAUUUACUGGUGUUCUGCGUUGACCGUUUGGGACUGAACACCGUGGGCAUGAGAAGCAUGUGGGGCCACGGGCGCAUGGACGGCAAACCGUUCAAAUACCAGCAAAAUUCAGUGACAGGUCCACAAACCGUGUCGCUACCCUUGUUUCAAAACGUGAAAUCCCGGUAAGGUAGAGUUACUGGACGGCGCUGGAGCGAGACAGGACCCUUCGGCCCCCACCAGUGAUGUGGCUCCGUGGGCGCCAGCGGAGGUGGUGGUGGUGUUUCACGCGGGCGGUGCGGCGCGGUGCGGUGGUGGUGGUGGGUGGUAGCGGCUUUGGGGGAGGGCGGAUAGGGAGUGGGAUGGGGAGACGGGUUAUGGGGGAUUGAUGAUGGGGAUGGGGAGACGGGUUAUGGGGGAUUGAUGAUGGGGAUGGGGAGACGUGACGUCUCUCCGCCAUCCGCCUCUAUCCCUGGGCGGUAGAGUAAGUCGGGGCAACCAAGCCAUCCGGAUUAUCU